GUGUGUUACGGACAGAGGCUGAGCGCGCGCGCACACCCAUCAAGACGACAAAAGCGGAAUUAUCGAUCCGCUCGAUGUCUCACGGCGGAUGAAACGCGCGCGCGGCGCCGAGCUCGAGCUGUUUUCUCGCGCAGUGGUUACACAACAACGUGCGCGUGCAGAGCGCGGCACCACAGCACGCGUUUUAGGUCGCAUCACGGAGCUCCAAUACAUUGACGGGGGGGAAGAAAUAUCGCGGCGUGUUUAGUGAGAUAAGACGAAGCGAAGCGCAGCGCAGCGAAACGGCCAGGCAGGCGGACGCCCCGCUCCCCUUCGCGGGGGGCUGCCGUUCGCCAGGUCGGAUUGGUCCGUCUGAGGGUCUCCGCCGCCUAUCAGAGCUGCGCUCCCUCCGCUCGCCCUGUAUGGGCAGCGCGAUAUGCGGGGGAACACGCCGAGGGAGGACGAGCUGCCCGGGCGGGUAUCGGCGCGCAACGGACGCUAUCGUGCCAUCGUUGCCAUCGGCAGCCAGGUGAGGAGUCUGGCUACGUGAGAUCCUGAUGGAGGAGCGGCUGGGAGGCCACACGGGGGGGCGCCAUGGUUCCCUGCGUGCGCCCCUGGCCCUCUACUGAGCACCUGUCACCCAGCCUCCAUGACCACGGCUAAAGCAAACCACCGCCCCCGACACGCGCUCGCCGGUUGAACCGCCCUGCCACCAGCAACCCGUGACCAUGGAGUCCGUCAUCGUGGUGACCGAGUACGACCCCAGCGCCCCCCCCAGCGCCGCUCCCCAGGAUGAAGACGAGGUCGAAGACAUGGACAGCGGCGUGUCCCCGGAGCCGGCGGCUCCGCCCCUCCCUGGGGUCCAGGAGUCUCGGGCCCGACUCAGCCUGUCGGACCGAAAGCUUUCCCUGCAGGAGCGGCCGCCUCCAGCUACCUCGCCCUGCGGCUCGCCUGGCCUCAUGAACGGCCGCUACAUCUACCCAUCUCUGCCCUACUCUCCCAUCACAUCGCCACACUCAUCCCCGCGCCUCCCCCGCAGGCCUACUGUGGAGUCCCACAGGGUUUCCAUCACUGACCUGCAGGACUGUGUGCAGCUGAACCAGUACAAGCUGAAAGAUGAGAUCGGAAAGGGCUCCUACGGGGUUGUCAAGCUGGCAUACAACGAAGAUGACAACACCUAUUACGCGAUGAAAGUGUUGUCCAAGAAGCGACUGAUGCGGCAGGCCGGCUUUCCGAGACGGCCCCCUCCCAGAGGGGCCAGAGGGGCUCCCGAAGGCCCGGCCCAGCCCAAGGGGCCCCUGGAACGAGUUUACCAGGAGAUCGCCAUCCUGAAGAAACUCGACCAUCCGAAUGUGGUGAAGCUCGUGGAGGUGCUGGAUGACCCCAGUGAGGACCAUCUGUACAUGGUGUUUGAGCUGGUUAAGCGAGGGCCCGUGAUGGAAGUGCCCACGGACAAACCGCUGAACGAGGAACAGGCACGCUUCUACUUCCAGGACCUGCUCAGGGGCAUCGAGUAUUUGCAUUAUCAGAAGAUAAUUCACCGGGAUAUCAAGCCGUCGAACCUCUUGGUGGGUGACGACGGCCACAUAAAAAUCGCCGAUUUCGGGGUCAGUAACCAGUUCGAAGGCACGGACGCCCUGCUCACCAGCACCGUGGGAACUCCGGCCUUCAUGGCCCCCGAGACACUUUGCGAGACCAGGAAGAACUUCUCCGGCAAGGCCUUGGACGUUUGGGCUAUGGGAGUAACUCUGCAUUGUUUUGUGUUUGGAGUGUGUCCCUUCAUGGAUGAACGAAUCCUGAGUCUCCACCACAAGAUCAGGACUCAGCCCGUGGAACUGCCAGAGAAUGUCGAUGUUUCAGAAGAUUUGAAGGACUUGCUCCUGAAGAUGCUGGAUAAGAAUCCAGAAACAAGAAUAACGGUGCCCCAAAUUAAGGUGCAUUCUUGGGUAACCAGGAAUGGGGCGGAGCCACUUCCCUCCGAGGAGGAGCACUGCACGCUGAUCGAGGUGACGGAGGAGGAGGUGGAGAACUCGGUGAAGCACAUCCCCAGCCUGGCAACCGUGAUUCUGGUGCGAACCAUGCUGCGCAAGCGCUCUUUCGGGAACCCCUUUGACUGGGCCAGGAGGGAGGAGCGCAACCCGUCAGGCCCGGGGGCCGUGCUAGGCAGAGGCAGAGCAGGCAAUGUGAAGCACUGCUACAUGCAUAGUCUCCAAAGGAAGGAAGAGGACGUCGCGAGGAGUAUGGACUUGCCCUUCGUGAGCGAGGACGAGGUGCUCUCCUGAUUCCUGGGGGAGGGGCCUCGCUCUGAUGCUGGAGAAAUGAUGGAGGUUCGGGUGGGCGGGUCACCGUCGCCCUCCCGCUACCAGGAUGCACGGAAGCCGCAUGACACGUUUUCCCGCGCUGUUGUCUAGAAACUCGCCCUGCCCCCACCCACCAGCCGAGCCCUUGUAGGAGGGCCGAGGUCUGCACCCCUUUAACACAAGUGUCAGCAUACUGGCGCGCACACACACACACACGCUGAGAUUGAUGGGGGGUGUGGGGGCUUUUCCAGGUCCUGCCUUUUCCCUUUUGCAUUCGGACUGGUCGGACUGUGUGGACCAUCUCCAGGAUGGCCGAUUUUGUACCAUAUUUCCGAAAGGGACACGAGCGUAGCGCAGGGAGGAGGGAGACCACACCGCAGCAUUAUGCAUUAGACACACAUCACCCGUUCAAACAUUGUUACGCGUCUUUGUUUCGCUGUAUUUAGGCUUUUGUUGUUUUUUUUGUUUUUUUUUUUUGCUUCUUGCAGCAAUGCUUUGUAGUCAGGCACUUUAAUGUUGUGGAGCUCUUGAAUUUAAUAAGCUUGGGUAUUUAAUCAUACAUAACGUUUAUGUAAGGGGCCAAGUCUGCUCACGAUGCUUUGGCUACAAAGCUAACGGGUCUUUUUUUUUUUUUUUUUAAAAGGGAUCUUAAAACGUUUUCCUGCAGUAUUUCAAACGCUGGUCCAGCGGAUUUACUGCAGGAGCUUGUUUACCUUCACCUUACUCACUUAUGAGUCCAUUUUUACACUGCGAUCGGCAAUUGGUGUAAAACGGGCUCGGGUUCAGACGGCCCGCUAUAUGAAGUGUUGUUCUUCAUUUUAUUAGGCCACAGGUGACUCUGCACUUGGGUUCAUAAAAGACAGAUUCUGCUUAUCUACUGUCUAAGCUGGAGGAUAAUGCACUAGAAAUAAAAUGCACACUCUCCCGCAGAGUGUGUCCACAGGUCUAGAGCAGAGCAAGGUGAAGUACUGCGGUAAGAGCAGUCCUUGCGCUCUCCAUCAGUAGCUGCCACCCCUAAGCCACGUGUCCGUUUUUUUUUUCCUUUUACAAAAUAAAGAAAUUCACUUUUUAGAAAUACAAAUAGUUUGAUUUAAUGUUUAGCACCGUGUGUGUACUUUUGACGAUAUAAACUUCCAUGGCCACAGUAGUCUAAUGCACC